AUGUUAACAAAAGCUGCGGAAUUCCCUCGGCAAAAAAGGAAUGUCUUUAUUGUGGUAUCGCGAUAUGUAGUCAAACGCGGCGUUCUUCAACCGUCGACUGCCCUUCUAGGUGGUAUCAACGGUGACCGUCCCUCCGAAGUGUGGUGUAUCAUCUUAAAUGACGGGGAAGACUUAACCCGUGGGGACUCGGGGUCUCCAGUUGUCGAUACAAACACAUCUGCUAUAUACGGACAUGUCAUUGGCUCGAAUCCGUUAGGGAAAAUCUAUGUUAGUCCAUUGGUAACGACGUUAAAAUAUAUCAGCAGAUCCUACCCCGAUACCGAGGUCUCGCUUCCUCACCCGGCGCUCACGUUGAUCGAAUUGAUAUGUCAUUAUGUUAAGACAGAAAAUUAUCGCGCGGCGUCUAUGCAGUCAAUACUUCUGUGCAAACUUUCUGGUAUUAGUCCCUGGGGCCAGGACUGGGAAACUGUUGAAUACGGAUGGUCCCAAGACUUGUCAAAAUUUGAAACGCUUCUGGGAGCGCUAGAAGAAGCUCGUCAAAAGGUGUAUAGUAAUGAACUAAGGGGCGGUGAGAGCGGCGACCUGUGCCGAGGUAUACGAUUGAACAUUUAUCAAUUCUUUGCUGACUGGUCAGAGUAUUGUAGUGAACGGAAUGAGAUAGCAGACCAUUGA